UGGUCGCGGAGGAGGCGACGCGCUUCCCCAGCCUUUCAUGCGCUGAGCUGGGCUCUGGGAAGGAGGCGAGCGGGGGGCGAGCUCCGCAGGAAAUGCCGGUGCUGCGGCGGGGAGUGCCCCCGGCCAGUAGCCCCCCCGCCCUCCCGACGCUGACCGCCGGCCGGGGGGUCUCUCCCGGCCCCUGCCCGCCUGGCAGUAAGCCCCGAGGCGGGCGCCCACCCUACCGGGGGUGCGCGGGAGGCCCGUCGGGGCCAUGGCCGGCGACGAGGCGCGCAGCUCGGACUGCAGCGGGCGCUGCUCGCCAACGGGGCGGCAGGCCGGCACCCCGCGAGGCGGCGGCGGGGCGGUGGAGCGAGGAGGGGGGGCUGCCGGGGCUGCGCUGCUGCUGCCGCCGCCGCCGCCGCCAAGGGAGACCUGGCGCCGCCGGAAACUUUCCUCGGCGCUGUGCGCCGGCUCCCUCGCCGUGCUGCUGGCCCUGGUGGUGAGGCUGGUGCGGGGGGAACGCGGCCGGGAGCUGGCGGCGGAGGGCGGCGCGGGGCCGCGGGGCUGGGUGCCCCCCGGCGCCGUGCCCCUGGGCCUGGCCGGCGCCUUCUUCGGCGCGGGCCGGUACCUAGUGCGGGGCGGCGUGCGGGCGCGGACGGCGGCGCUGCUGCUGGUCGCCUGCUGUGGGGGGGAAGCGGUGGCGCAGACGGCGCUGGCGGCGGGGGAGGAUCACUUGCUCUCCCUCGCCGCCACGGGGGUGGUGCUGAGCUGCCUGGCCGCUGUGACAUGGCUGGUGCUGAAGCUGAGGCAGGGCGUCCUCAUGCUCGCCGUGACUAGCGCGGCCAGGACCACGUCCCUCGUCGCCUUGGAGAGGGUCCCGGCGUCCUGGCGGCCCUACCUUGCCUACCUGCUGGGGCUGCUGGGCAUCCUUCUAGCCGGCUACGCUGACCGGCUCUGGCCCCCGCGACGGGCCGCCCCGCUGGCGGAGCCUCCCGCCGACCCCCCGGUCGCGGACGAAGCCCCAGUGCUCAGGAGGAGGCGGCGGUCCAGUUCCAUGAUCUCCCCCGAGAUGUCGGGCGGCGGCGGCAGCAGCAAGACCCACCGGCGGACAUCGCUGCCCUGCAUCCCCCGGGAGCAGCUCAUGGGGCAUUCUGAAUGGGAUCACAAAAGAGGACCCAGAGGCUCACAGUCUUCUGGCACCAGUAUUACAGUGGAUAUUGCUGUCAUGGGAGAAGCACAUGGGCUCAUUACAGAUCUUCUGGCAGAUCCUUCGCUGCCCCCCAACGUGUGUACUUCACUGAGAACAGUGAGCAACCUGCUUAAUACGCAGUUAACCUUCCAGGCCAUCCACAAACCAAGGGUAAACCCUUUGGUGUCCUUCAGUGAGAACUACACCUGCUCCGACUCAGAGGAAUGUCCAGAGAAGGGAGAGAAACUAGCUAUCCCCAAGCGCUUAAGGAGAAGUUUGCCUCCAGGACUGCUGAGACGAGUGUCUUCAACUUGGACCACAACGACAUCAGCCACAGGAUUACCUACACUGGAGCCAGCUCCAGUGAGAAGGGAUCGCAGUGCCAGCAUCAAACCUCAUGAACCAUCUUCAUCCAGUAGUGAUUCCUGGAACAGCUCAAUUCUGAUGACAAUCACGAAGAGCAGGUCCUUCUCCACCUCCUACACCAUGUCUUCUACCAACCACCUGAAUACCAAAAGGCAGAGCCGGCAAGGUAUCCCGCCAAAUAUUUCACCUCUAUCCUCCCCAUGCCAUUCACCAAUUCAGGGGACGCCUGCCACAAGUCCUACUGGAAAAACAUCUUCUGUGUCAUUUCCAGACUACAGUGAUAUUGACACCAAGCAAGGCUUAAAGCCACACAAAGUCUUAACUUCUACUCAAAGCGCCCCUAGCCUGUCAGACCCUGUUAUCAGUCCCUCUGUCAUCUGCAGCAGCUGUGGCAGACCCUAUAACCAAAUAGCGGCCAGUGAUGGGACACUAGAUAGAAAUGGUGGUACCACACACACCCUGAACAGAACAGAUGAUCCUGCGCAAGCCACUUCUGAUUAUGAGACCAACAACAGUGAUAGCAGUGAUAUUGUACAAAAUGACGAUGAGACAGAUUGCUCCAAAGAGCAGACACGUAAGGGAUCCGUCUGUAGGACGUACACACCUGAGACCAUCAUUCUGCAUCCCUUGAUACCACCUGAGGACAAGCCUGUACUUGCUCCAGAGCCUCUAAUUAUGGACAACUUGGAUCCCUUGAUGGAGCAGCUAAAUAGUUGGAACUUCCCAAUUUUUGAUUUGGUGGAAAAAAUUGGAAAGAAGUGUGGUCGGAUUCUCAGUCAGGUAUCAUACAGACUAUUUGAAGACAUGGGGCUGUUUGAAACCUUUAAAAUACCAGUAAGGGAAUUUAUGAACUACUUUCAUGCCUUGGAGUGUGGAUACCGAGAUAUACCUUAUCACAACCGAAUCCAUGCAACUGAUGUUCUACAUGCUGUUUGGUACCUUACUACUCAGCCCAUCCCAGGACUCCCAACUGUGAUUAAUGAUCACGGGUCAGCAAGUGAUUCAGACUCUGAUAGUGGAAUCACUCAUGGCCAUAUGGGUUAUGUGUUUUCGAAGACAUACACACCUACAGAUGACAGCUACGGAUGCCUAGCUGGCAACAUCCCUGCCCUUGAAUUGAUGGCUCUUUAUGUGGCUGCAGCCAUGCAUGAUUAUGAUCAUCCAGGAAGGACUAAUGCCUUUUUGGUAGCAACAAGUGCUCCGCAGGCAGUGCUGUACAAUGACCGCUCUGUCCUGGAGAACCACCAUGCUGCUGCUGCCUGGAACCUUUUCAUGUCCAGGCCAGAGUACAACUUCCUGGUCAAUCUUGACCAUGUGGAGUUCAAGCAUUUCCGCUUCCUUGUCAUUGAAGCCAUUUUAGCUACUGAUCUGAAGAAACACUUUGAUUUUGUUGCCAAAUUCAAUGCCAAGGUGAAUGAUGAUGUUGGAAUUGACUGGACUAAUGAGAACGACCGCUUGCUGGUUUGUCAGAUGUGCAUCAAACUGGCCGAUAUAAAUGGCCCUGCCAAAUGCAAAGAUUUGCAUCUGCAAUGGACGGAAGGCAUUGUCAAUGAGUUUUACGAACAGGGCGAUGAAGAGGCUAGCUUGGGCUUGCCGAUCAGCCCUUUCAUGGAUCGCUCUGCUCCUCAGCUGGCACACCUCCAGGAAUCUUUCAUCACUCACAUUGUGGGACCACUGUGUAACUCCUAUGACUCAGCGGGGCUGAUGCCAGGAAAAUGGAUAGAAGAUAGUGAUGAAUCAGAAGACACUGAUGAGCAUGAAGAGGAAGAAACAGCAGAAAUGGAAACUUGUGAAAAUGCUGAAUCCAGAAAGAAGAAGUUCAAGAGGAGGAAAAUCUACUGCCAGAUCACUCAGCACCUGCUUCAGAACCAUAAAAUGUGGAAGAAAGUGAUUGAGGACGAGGAGAGGUUAGCUGGGACAGAGAAGCAAGGCACGGAACAGUCCACACUGCAUCAGUCUUCAGAACAAAUCCAGGCCAUCAGGGAAGAGGAGGAAGAGAAAGGGAAGCCCAAGAGGGAUGAAGAGGAGAACACAACUGUAGAACCAAACCAAUGACAAUAUUUACAGCAGUAUUUUAAGACAGAUUGAUUUGUGCACAGAUGCUUUCUCAAGCCAGCACAGCAUUUAGACACAACACUGUAGAAGUAUGGGAUAAUGCGCCUACAGCUGUUUAAUUUGUUUCUCUUUCCUUUUAAUGGUGAGGUACAUUGUUUAAACUCCUAUGCUCAAGGAAGCUUUCACACUGCGACACCGGCUUUUACAGACUUUCUUUAAAGAGAUUUGGGGGUGGGUGGAAUUAUAUAAAUAUAUAUAUAGCCAUGGUUAUUGGCUGCGCACUUCAGCAAAAUACAUUUAAUGAUAUAUUAUGGUCACUGUGAUAUUUACAGAAGAAAGUUAUCUAAGGAAAUGCUGCUUCUAAAGCACAUUUGCAGUUAACAGUAAGGUACCAGUUAAGUAGCUUUUGCUCUUAAUGCUGAGGGAUAAAAGUUCCAAAGCUUUAUAUGAAUGCUGAUAUAACCUGCCAACAUCUAUGUGUGCAUGAAGAGGUGUUUGUGGGUGUGAGUGGAAGUAACGUAAUAUAGCAUAGUUUGAGUUCUUAUUCCAAUAGCUGUAGCACAUGUCCCAGUACACGACAACAAACAAAAGGCCUGAAUUUCAGAGAAUUUGUCCCCACAAGGGAACUGGAGACCAAUUUGAGGAGAUUUGCAUUCACUCCAAGUCCCAGUUUGCACUUACAGCUGCCAGCAGCAGCAUUUCAGCAGGGGACAUGGUGGCCCAGGCUGCUGGCCUGGCCCCAUCCAGCUGUGUGAGUUCCUCUGUCUCCUCUUCUUCCUUCUCCUUGGCACUUCCCAGACUGCUGGCAAAAGGGAUAUGCCAGGAAACUUAUUUUCCGAAGGGGGUUACAAGGGUCAGUGUGGCAUGCUGGUCUGUUCCUCUUGAGAGGGCCUGGCCCUCUGUAUACUUCUGAGUGCGCGAAUAGCUGUGUGGGGCAGUGUGCAUCUUUGGGCAGAAGAGGUGAGAGCAAAUGUAUGUCCUUGGAAGGCAGAGGCAUGCUGUCCUCUUCCUACCUUAAUCUUACGCCUCCAUGCAUCAGUGGCCAAAUACAUAAUUUAAGAAUGAAGCUAGACUGUAUCUCUUAAGAACAGAAGGGGAGUGUGGGGCCAUGCCCUUCCUCAGAAUAAAAGGCAAACGAUGCAUUAGGAGCAGUGUGGGAGACAGGUGCCAGUUCUGCAUCAACAGGACACGUGUAUAUCUCAGUUCACUCACAUGAGCUUCAGAGAACUUGUUUUUUCAGUGUGAGGUGCUGGAUAGGAGCAGUUUGUUGCUGGCAUUCUACUUAGAAGCAGCAUGUUUGACCCCACCAAUAUACUUUUUUUUUUUCUUUUUUUUUUUUUUUUAUUAAGACAAAGGAAAAGAUCAGGCCUGUAGGAAGAACAGAUCUUUUUGUUGUUGUUGUUUAUUUGUUUUUUCUGUUGUUUAUGCUGUGAGCCAAAUGUCUAUUUAAAAGGUUGGAUAUUCACUUUCAAUAUUUUAUUUCACGAUAUUAUAUUUGUCAAUGAUUAGCUAUCUAGAUGUAAAUAUGGAAAAAUUUUUAUGGGUUCCUGUAGAUAAUGAUAUCUUAAAAAAAAAAAAAAGAAAAAAGGGAAAAGUUUUUUUGUAAAGCUAAUUUUUUAAAAAAUAAAUACAAAAAUUUUUGUAUACAGUGUAGCCAUUUCCAAACCCACCAAAUAAAGUCUUGAGUAAUUUGUAGAGGCCCUUCUGGGAAGCCAGUGGUCUACAGAAUCAAGGCUUUAAUAUAUUAAUGCUCUUUGGGACUGGCAGCACCAACCAGUACCACACAAUUUAGAGUUUUGUUCCCACAAAAUGAAUUAUAUAUAUAAAGUUCAGUAUCACUCAGAAAUCAUUUGACUGCGUAUGCUUUUUAUAUUUUGAUCCUGCAGCCCCUUGCCAAGAAGAGGAUUGCUUGUGUAAGGAUGCUUGUGAAAGGCAGAGUUUGUAGAAGUCCUUUCUAUAUUGAAUUUCCAACAUUUUAUCCAUCACUUUUUGCUAUUGUUAUACAUUCACUGUAUUUCAUGACCCUAUUGGUACCUCCCAAAAAAUGUUGGAAAACAUUUUCUAUCAAAGCCAA